AUGGCUAAGGUAAUAGCCAAUAGAAUGAAACCACUUAUGGGGAAUCUGAUCUCAGAAUCCCAGAGUACUUUUAUUCCUGGUAGGCUUAUUACUGAUAAUAUUCUUAUAACUGCGGAGGUGGGGCAUUAUUUAAAUAGAAAACAAUGUGGUCUAACUGGUUGGGGAGCAUUGAAAUUAGAUAUGGCAAAGGCUUAUGAUAGAAUGGAAUGGCAAUUCCUGCGAAGGAUGCUUGAGGUUAUGGGUUUUGAUGAUCGUUGGAUUAAUCUGCUAAUGCAAUGUGUUACUACAGUUCAAUAUAACAUUUUGAUAAAUGGCGCAAAUAUUCAGGAGGCAGGUGUGAUAAAGCAAUGUUUGGGGCGAUAUGAGGAGUUGUCAGGACAGAAAGUGAAUUAUCAUAAAUCUAAUAUCUGUUUUAGUAAGAACACCAGGGAGGAUGACAGGGAUGUAGUGGCGGCAUGUUUGCAGGUUGACCAGGCGCCCAACUUUGAAAAAUACCUGAGAUUACCCUCUUUUAUUGGGAGGAAUAAGAGAGCGGUGUUCGCUUAUAUUGAGGAUAAAAUCAAGCAAAGGAUUAGUUCAUGGAACAAGAAAUUGCUAUCACAGGCAGGCACUGUAUCACUUAAUCCUUGUAUCCAAAUUUUAUUUUAUUACUUGGGAUCGUCCUAA